CCCGAGGCCCCGGGGAGGGCGCCCGAACGCGGAGCGGCCGACUAGAAACUUUUCCUCUUUAAGAAAAAAAAGUUGUGCGCGGCUCGGAGUGGGGUUUUUUUUCCGCCUUCUUUCCUCGUCUCCCCUCCCCCUUCUUCCUUUUGAAAGUUUCUUCUCCUCCCCCCGCCCUCCCCCCCGCCUGACCGCAUGGCUGAUUCAACCUCAGUGUCAAUCAACUUCUUUUUCCUCCUCUUCCUCAUUUAAAUAAGUUUAAAGCUCCUCCCCCCCACCCCCCGCUCCCGGCCCACCAAAUCUGAACUUUAUAAAUUGGGCUUUGCGCGCGGUAGCCCGGGAGAGUCAGGAAGGCGAGGGGCCGGCGCUGGCGUGUGGGAUCCGGACCCGAGAGCCCGAGGCUGCGCCUUCCCCGCACCGCGACCCUCGCGACCACCCGCCCCGCGCCCCCGCCCGCGCGAACGCCCGCGAUGACCACCACCCUCGUGUCCGCCACCAUCUUCGACCUGAGCGAAGUUUUAUGCAAGGGUAACAAGAUGCUCAAUUACAGUGCUCCUGGCACAGGGGGCUGCCUGCUGGACAGGAAGGCAGUGGGCACCCCCGCGGGUGGGGGCUUCCCUCGGAGGCACUCGGUCACCCUGCCCAGCUCCAAGUUCCACCAGAACCAGCUCCUCGGCAGCCUCAAGGGGGAGCCGGCCCCCGCCCUGAGCUCUCGCGACAGCCGCUUCCGGGACCGCUCCUUCUCGGAAGGGGGCGAGCGGCUGCUGCCCACCCAGAAGCAGCCCGGGAGCGGCCAGGUCAACUCCAGCCGCUACAAGACGGAGCUCUGCCGCCCCUUCGAGGAGAACGGCGCCUGCAAGUACGGGGACAAGUGCCAGUUCGCGCACGGCAUCCACGAGCUGCGCAGCCUGACCCGCCACCCCAAGUACAAGACGGAGCUGUGCCGCACCUUCCACACCAUCGGCUUCUGCCCCUAUGGGCCCCGCUGCCACUUCAUCCACAACGCCGAGGAGCGCCGCGCCCUGGCCGGGGCCCGGGACCUCUCCGCCGACCGCCCCCGCCUCCAGCACAGCUUCAGCUUCGCUGGGUUUCCCAGCGCCGCCGCCACCGCCGCCGCCGCCGGGCUGCUGGACAGCCCCACGUCCAUCACCCCACCCCCCAUCUUGAGCGCCGACGACCUCCUGGGCUCGCCCACUCUGCCCGAUGGCACCAAUAACCCUUUCGCCUUCUCCAGCCAGGAGCUGGCCAGCCUCUUUGCCCCUAGCAUGGGGCUGCCUGGGGGUGGCUCCCCCACCGCCUUCCUCUUCCGGCCCAUGUCCGAGUCCCCCCACAUGUUUGACUCUCCCCCCAGCCCCCAGGAUUCGCUCUCGGACCAGGAGGGCUACCUGAGCAGUUCUAGCAGCAGCCACAGUGGCUCCGACUCCCCCACCUUGGACAACUCCAGACGCCUGCCCAUUUUCAGCAGACUUUCCAUCUCAGACGACUAAGCCAGGGUAGGGAGGGACCCCUGCCUCUUCUGCCCCCCACCCCAACCCACAUCCCCUGCCCUCCCCUCCCCCUCCCUCCCUUCACCUCCCUCCCCUUCCCUUUCCUUCCCGUUCCCCUCCAGCCCUCCCUUAACAAAGUGAAGCUCAGCCCCUUUCCCUAGAACCUUGGAAUGCCCCCCAGCCCCUCCCCCCACCUAACAUAAGGACAAGCCCAUUCGGCAGUAGCUUCUGGCUUGAGACCCCCCUCCCUGGAUUCCAUAGCCCACUUACCACGCCUAACAGACAAGUCCCAUAUUUGUCAGUAGAUGCCUUUUCUCUGGCUUAAGCCUUAAGUGCCAAAUCACAAAAGAAAAAGCAGUAACCGUUUACAGAAGCAACUUAGUGCCUUGUAAUCUAACUUUGUCACUGUGACUACAUUACCUCUUCAGCGCCAGAGGGCACCCGUGGGCCUCACGGAGCCUCUGCCCAUGGGGUGGGGGGGAGACCCACAACCAGCAGCUCCCUCCACUGGCGACACAACUGCACCUUCCCUGUUUUGUCCCCGCACGCCUCUUCCUCCCCUCUUCCUGGUGUCACCCUGCCUCCCUUGGGAGAGUUGUUGCCAGACUUGGGUUUUUGGGGAAGCCUGUCUUGACAUUCAGAAACCUUGUUUCUUCCCAACCUGAACCCCUGUUGACUGAUCUUGCCUGGGUUUGUAUAGGUCUGCAGGAAGGAAGGCUGAGAAAGCGGAUGAAGAUUUUGUGACUUAAGUGGGACUUUGUGAUUUAAUUUUUUUUCUUUUUUUUUUAAGUGGGGAGGAAGGGGAAGCUAGAUGGACUAUGAGAGACUUGAUUUUGGUGCUAAAGUUCCCCAGUUCAUAUGUGACAUCUUUAAAAAAAACAACGGAAAAAAUGAGAGAAAAGCUUAAAAAAAUGUAAGGGGUGAGCAGUUAAUGGUAUUCAUUCCACAUACAAUAUCUGUGUAAAACAAUUUCCUGUAGGAGUAGCUUUAAUGGUUUUUGCUCUAGAAUACCGUAGGUCUAUCCUUAGAGCACUCACGCCAUGCUUUUUUCCCUGGGUUUUAAACUUCAUGUAACUUUCAGAAAUUGGAGAGCAAAAAUUUUGCUUGUCACUGCACAUCAAUAUAAAAAAGCUUAUUUAACUUAUCAAAACGUAUUUAUUGCCAAACUAUGCUUUUUUUUGUUAAUUUUGUUCAUAUUUAUCGGGAUGACAAAUCCAUAGAAUAUAUUCUUUUAUGUUAAAUUAUGAUCUUCAUAUUAAUCUUAAAAUUUUGUGACGUGUCUUUUUCCUUUUUUCCACAGUUUUAAUAUAUUAUUCUUCAACGACAUUUUUUGUAACUUUACACUUUUUUUGGUUAUUUUAUUUUAAAAAAAUGAAAAAUUAAUUUAAAAAAAUGCAAAAAACUGUUGGAUUAUUUAUUUUAGAAAUUCCCCCUUUGUGUUGGACUGCAAAUUGAGUUUCUUUCUCCUUAGGCCUUUCACAGCUAGGACUGAGAAUGUAUGUAAAAGUUCUGUGGCAGAACAGAAGGAAGACAGCUUUUUAUGUAUAGCUUCUAAAAGGGAAAAACAAAAGAGAGAGACCCUUUGACUUCCACGCGCCCAUCUCAAGACAUUCCGCCGGCAGAUUCGAGGCUCUGGACUCCCAAGUGUGGAGUUUUCCAAUGUUAAUGUAAACAGAACUGGCACACACACCUUAAGAUGAAUGUAAUUAUGAUUCCUCUUGCUGGUCACUACCGUCGCUUUCUAUUUCUCUUUCUUUGUGUGAAUUUAUUUAAAAGAAAAAAAAACUUUUUGUAACGACUAUUUGCAGUUUAAAAAUCAAUAAACCCCAUUUUUUUUUCAAGAAA